CGUUCUGCUGACAGAGAGCGAAAGUGUGUUGGCCGACUAUCUGCGGUGCUCUCCUCUCUUGUUGUUUUCAACAUCACUUGUCACACUGACAGCUAGUGUCACAGUAUCAGUCUCAACAGCUCACUCAACCUAUGGGAUGUUGCCAAGAUGGACAGAACUUUAAUGGUCUUCGUUUCAGCCAUUGCUUUCUCUGUCUGUGACUCAUUAGUCCUGAAAGAUAAGUCCUUGGUUUUGGAGGACAAGAUGCCAGGAGACAAUGUCAGCUUCAACUGCUCCAUCAGUGGUGUAAUGGACAACAUUGAUGUGGUUAAAGGAAACCAGCAAGGCAAUGUGCUGAUCAUGAAUACCCAGGGUAGAUCCCCAACAAUAGAACCACAAUAUAGAAAACGGAUAAGCUUCACAAGACCAUUGAAUAAGCUGUCUGUAACCAUCACCCAGCUGACAGAAGAAGACUCUGGAAUAUAUUGGUGUCAGUACUCUGGACUUACGGAAAAUGGUGAUGUUAUCAAGGCUGAUUCCAAAGAGAUAAUCACACUUCUGGUAAAAGAGCCUAAGCAGUGUCCAACGCUCCCAGCGAUUUCACCUGACUCCACAAUGCCAGUGUCCAGCGCUGUUGUCUGCUCAAAUGACUCUGGACCCAGUAUCAUCAUGGUGUCCUUCUCCAUCGUCACUGCUGUUGUGGUCUUCAUCAUGUUCUCAAUGAUGAUCAUUUUCCACAUCAUACCUAAGAUCAAGAAGUUGAGCAGCAGCGCCCCAUCAGCCCAGAGCCGGCCCAAUGACUCAGUCUAUGAGGUCAUGAGCACCACACUGAGGAGAACGUGAAGCACAGAGGCAGCACAGCAGACCACUGUCCGCAUCUCACAGCAGCAGAUCAUGCAGAUGCAGGUGCAGGUCAUACAUACAGCCAUCAUCUGUGGUGUGCACAGACAUUUGAGGGGGCAGGUGCUGAAGGGGGAGCAGGGUGGGGGCAUGUGGAACUUCCGGCUGCCUUACUACUAGACUAUAGAGGCUAUAUAUUACAUCUGGGCAUUAUUGUCUCAUGCUAUUCAUUGUCAAGUCAACAUGGACCACAUUACUUUGUGACAAAAAAAGACUUUCAGAAAAGAGCUUUGAAAAAGGGCCUUUCUUGUCCAGCAGGGAAAGGGGCAGGUGCUUUAUCACCACCUCGUCCCUAUCUGUGCACGCCUAUGGCCCUCAUAACCACAUGUCUGCAGUACAGGGCACUCUGGUCUCGUCGGGGGCCGCCCAGGCGCUGUGUGAACUGCUAUGCAAAGCAGAUCAUGAUGCACCAUCGCCUGGUGUUGAUGUACAGUAUGUACCACUGACAUUGAGAUUCUGCUCCAUAUUUGAGCUUGGUUGGGUUAGACCGUAGUGACCAUAUAGCACUGUGAUAUACCUCAAUGCAGUAGUGUAGCGCUUUGGCAACAUCCUUUCCUCAUUCUGACAUUACUCUCUGGAAAUAAAUGACACCAUUCCAUUGGUCUGUGCUUUCUUUUGUAAAAUGCUAUUCAAUUAUACAUAGUUUUGA